AUGCAACAAUCAGAACUCAGUACAUUGAGUAAUGGUGAUGAAGUGUACAUACAACUCAAGACUGAAAAGUGUGAUGAAAUGUACAUAAAACAAAAGACUGGUGAUCGGGUGUACAUACAACUCAAGAUUGAUAAGUGUGAUGAAAUGUACAUAAAACCAAAGACUGGUGAUCGGGUGUACAUACAACUCAAGAUUGAUAAGUGUGAUGAAGUGUACAUAAAACAAAAGACUGGUGAUCGGGUGUACAUACAACUCAAGAUUGAUAAGUGUGAUGAAAUGUACAUAAAACAAAAGACUGGUGAUCGGGUGUACAUACAACUCAAGAUUGAUAAGUGUGAUGAAGUAUACUUGUUGGUUCCCCGGGGCACUUUGCACAGAAGUGGGAUUUGCACGUCUUCGAUGAUUCACACCACACCCCGUCGCCUAUCCCAGCUUGAGAUGUAUCCCGCACUGGAACAUGAGUACAGACGUGAACUAGGUGUAGCCGUAUCUACAGCGACAAUGUCUUACGCGCAUUCUGCCUCUGAAACAGGUGAACUAGGUGUAGCCGUAUCUACAGCGACAAUGUCUUACACGCAUUCUGCCUCUGAAACAGGUGAACUAGGUGUAGCCGUAUCUACAGCGACAAUGUCUUACACGCAUUCUGCCUCUGAAACAGGUGAACUAGGUGUAGCCGUAUCUACAGCGACAAUGUCUUACACGCAUUCUGCCUCUGAAACAGGUGAACUAGGUGUAGCCGUAUCUACAGCGACAGUGUCUUACACGCAUUCUGCCUCUGAAACAGGUGAACUAGGUGUAGCCGUAUCUACAGCGACAAUGUCUUACACGCAUUCUGCCUCUGAAACAGGUGAACUAGGUGUAGCCGUAUCUACAGCGACAAUGUCUUACACGCAUUCUGCCUCUGAAACAGGUGAACUAGGUGUAGCCGUAUCUACAGCGACAAUGUCUUACACGCAUUCUGCCUCUGAAACAGGUGAACUAGAUGUAGCCGUAUCUACAGCGACAAUGUCUUACACGCAUUCUGCCUCUGAAACAGGUGAACUAGAUGUAGCCGUAUCUACAGCGACAAUGUCUUACACGCAUUCUGCCUCUGAAACAGGUGAACUAGAUGUAGCCGUAUCUACAGCGACAAUGUCUUACACGCAUUCUGCCUCUGAAACAGGUGAACUAGGUGUAGCCGUAUCCACAGCGACAAUGUCUUACACGCAUUCUGCCUCUGAAACAGGUGAACUAGGUGUAGCCGUAUCCACAGCGACAGUGUCUUACACGCAUUCUGCCUCUGAAACAGGUGAACUAGGUGUAGCCGUAUCUACAGCGACAGUGUCUUACACGCAUUCUGCCUCUGAAACAGGUGAACUAGGUGUAGCCGUAUCUACAGCGACAGUGUCUUACACGCAUUCUGCCUCUGAAACAGGUGAACUAGGUGUAGCCGUAUCUACAGCGACAGUGUCUUACACGCAUUCUGCCUCUGAAACAGGUGAACUAGGUGUAGCCGUAUCUACAGCGACAAUGUCUUACACGCAUUCUGCCUCUGAAACAGGUGAACUAGGUGUAGCCGUAUCUACAGCGACAGUGUCUUACACGCAUUCUGCCUCUGAAACAGGUGAACUAGAUGUAGCCGUAUCUACAGCGACAGUGUCUUACACGCAUUCUGUCUCUGAAACAGGUGAACUAGAUGUAGCCGUAUCUACAGCGACAGUGUCUUACACGCAUUCUGCCUCUGAAACAGGUGAACUAGAUGUAGCCGUAUCUACAGCGACAAUGUCUUACACGCAUUCUGCCUCUGAAACAGGUGAACUAGAUGUAGCCGUAUCUACAGCGACAAUGUCUUACACGCAUUCUGCCUCUGAAACAGGUGAACUAGGUGUAGCCGUAUCUACAGCGACAGUGUCUUACACGCAUUCUGCCUCUGAAACAGGUGAACUAGGUGUAGCCGUAUCUACAGCGACAGUGUCUUACACGCAUUCUGCCUCUGAAACAGGUGAACUAGGUGUAGCCGUAUCUACAGCGACAAUGUCUUACACGCAUUCUGCCUCUGAAACAGGUGAACUAGGUGUAGCCGUAUCUACAGCGACAAUGUCUUACACGCAUUCUGCCUCUGAAACAGGUGAACUAGGUGUAGCCGUAUCUACAGCGACAGUGUCUUACACGCAUUCUGCCUCUGAAACAGGUGAACUAGGUGUAGCCGUAUCUACAGCGACAGUGUCUUACACGCAUUCUGCCUCUGAAACAGGUGAACUAGGUGUAGCCGUAUCUACAGCGACAAUGUCUUACACGCAUUCUGCCUCUGAAACAGGUGAACUAGGUGUAGCCGUAUCUACAGCGACAAUGUCUUACACGCAUUCUGCCUCUGAAACAGGUGAACUAGGUGUAGCCGUAUCUACAGCGACAAUGUCUUACACGCAUUCUGCCUCUGAAACAGGUGAACUAGAUGUAGCCGUAUCUACAGCGACAAUGUCUUACACGCAUUCUGCCUCUGAAACAGGUGAACUAGAUGUAGCCGUAUCUACAGCGACAAUGUCUUACACGCAUUCUGCCUCUGAAACAGGUGAACUAGAUGUAGCCGUAUCUACAGCGACAAUGUCUUACACGCAUUCUGCCUCUGAAACAGGUGAACUAGGUGUAGCCGUAUCCACAGCGACAAUGUCUUACACGCAUUCUGCCUCUGAAACAGGUGAACUAGGUGUAGCCGUAUCUACAGCGACAGUGUCUUACACGCAUUCUGCCUCUGAAACAGGUGAACUAGAUGUAGCCGUAUCUACAGCGACAGUGUCUUACACGCAUUCUGUCUCUGAAACAGGUGAACUAGAUGUAGCCGUAUCUACAGCGACAGUGUCUUACACGCAUUCUGCCUCUGAAACAGGUGAACUAGAUGUAGCCGUAUCUACAGCGACAGUGUCUUACACGCAUUCUGCCUCUGAAACAGGUGAACUAGAUGUAGCCGUAUCUACAGCGACAAUGUCUUACACGCAUUCUGCCUCUGAAACAGGUGAACUAGGUGUAGCCGUAUCUACAGCGACAGUGUCUUACACGCAUUCUGCCUCUGAAACAGGUGAACUAGGUGUAGCCGUAUCUACAGCGACAGUGUCUUACACGCAUUCUGCCUCUGAAACAGGUGAACUAGAUGUAGCCGUAUCUACAGCGACAAUGUCUUACACGCAUUCUGCCUCUGAAACAGGUGAACUAGAUGUAGCCGUAUCUACAGCGACAAUGUCUUACACGCAUUCUGCCUCUGAAACAGUGUCUGGUAAAGGCUCCAUAAAGCAACAACAGGUUGAUGGCGCCCAAGAUUACCCUAAAGCAUUGCCUGAUAAAGGCUCCAUAAAGCACCAACAGGUUGAUGGCGCCCAAGAUUACCCUAAAGCAUUGCCUGAUAAAGGCUCCAUAAAGCACCAACAGGUUGAUGGCGCCCAAGAUUACCCUAAAGCAUUGCCUGAUAAAGGCUCCAUAAAGCACCAACAGGUUGAUGGCGCCCAAGAUUACCCAAAGGCAUUGCCUUAUAACGACUCCAUAAAGCACCACAAGGUUGAUGGCGCCCAAGAUUAUUCAAACGCAUUGCCUGAUAAAGGCUCCAUAAAGCACCAAAAAGGUUGA